AUGGCAAUCCAAAUAUAUAACUAUAUAUUCAUGCCAAAUUACCGCCUCGUACCGGAACACCCAGUACCGGCGGCCGUGGAGGACGUUUAUGCCACGCUAAGUGUGAACGCUGGCGGUGGAAUCGCCACCGGGACGGCCCUAAUGGCUUACGACAAAAGCCUCACCAGUUCAGAAAAGUUUCCGCUGCCGGCCGGCUUGGCGUUACGGUACCCUAUAUUAGACGACCCGUACGUAGGCGGCAAGGCAAAAGCGGAAAAAACGAACGAUAUUAUUUCUGUAUACGCGGCGCCAACGCGGGCUGGGCCGGAUAAGCUGCGGGGCCUCCCGCCUACAUUUAUGGACGUCGGGGGACUGGAUUUGUUCCGCGAAGAGAUUACCAAAUUUGUAGCCGCGUUGGCCACCGCCGGCGUUAAUGUCGAGUUCCACCAUUAUUCGGGGCUUCCACACGGCAUAUAG